GCAACUACAGACUAACACAGCUAACUCCUCUGGAUCUCGGCAAAUAAACUGAAGCUUUAUCCGGGCGAGACCAAAAUGCUACUGAUUGACUUUUCCAAGAAAACCAUAAGAAGAAAAGACACAAACUAAAUUGAAAGCCUCUGAGAAAGAAACCAUGCAGCCCUAUAAAACAAAUGGAAAUGUAGCCCUCUGGUAGGGCCAUGAACCUGAAACAAGUCUAUGUUUCUGUACUGAUGUUUGGAGUAGCAGGUCUACUCCUCUUCAUGUACCUGCAAGCUUGGAUUGACGAACAACAUGCAGAGUCUGAAGAAAAAUUAAAGCAGCAGAUGGGUCAGGACUUCAAAUUCUGUUAUACAGAGGAACCUAGAAGAGCACCAAGGAAAUUGAUCACUUCUCAGAAGCUUGACAAAUCAAGUAUGGUUCUUAUUGAGAGUGUGUCUUCCCAUGCAGAUGCUAGCCCCUUUCCAGGGAUGACUGCCUCCCUGCCUCCUGAAUUAUCUGAAGAACAGCAAAAGAUCAAAUUGCUCCUUAAACAAUUCAAGCAAGUGAAUUUACCCCCAGCAGUGCGCCCUUUGAACAAGAGUUUCAUCCAAGAUGAUCGCUGGAAAGCCACAGAUGAAAUUCAGGAGAAACGGAGAGCUUUCCUUUAUAAUUUCUGCAAAAAAUAUAUUAGAGAAAGCAAACCUCUGAUUCACCUCAUGCGGAUGGUGUCCAGAAUAUAUGUAGAAGAUAAACAUAAACUCUUAUAUUGUGAAGUGCCUAAGGCAGGCUGUUCUAACUGGAAAAGGGUUUUGAUAGUACUCAAUGGCCUUGCCAAAACAGCUUAUAAUAUUACCCACGAUGCUGUACACUAUGGAAAGCAUUUGAAGAAACUAGACAGUUAUGAUUUAAAAGGGAUACAUAUGCGUUUAAAGACAUACACAAAAGUUAUAUUUGUUCGAGAUCCCAUGGAAAGAUUAGUGUCUGCAUUUAGAGAUAAGUUUGAACAUCCAAACAGCUACUACCACCCUGUAUUUGGGAAGGCAAUUAUUAAGAAAUACAGACUUAAUGCAGAUGGGAAAGCAUUAACAACAGGCUCCGGAGUGCAGUUCAAAGAGUUCAUUCAAUAUUUGUUAGAUUCCCAUCGUCCAAUAGGAAUGGACAUACACUGGGAGCAGAUCAGCAAAUUGUGUCAUCCUUGCAUUAUUAACUAUGAUUUCAUCGGUAAAUUUGAAACUUUGGAGGAAGAUGCCAAUUAUUUUUUGAGACUAAUAGGGGCUCCAGAAGGGCUGACAUUUCCUAAUUUCAAAGAUCGACAUUCCACCGAUGAAAGAACAAAUUCAGAAGUUGUGAGACAGUACCUAGCGGAGAUUUCUGCCACAGAGAGACAGCUGAUUUACGAUUUUUAUUCUCUGGAUUAUUUAAUGUUUAACUAUAGUGCAUCCUAUGUAAAGCCAUGAUUUGGUUUAGUUUAAUGCCAAAGCAGUUUUACCUGGCAACUCUGAAUGGAACUAAAAUAGCUUCUUAAAUUGAGAAGUUUUGAUUUGCUGAAUAUAGAAAUAACACAGGAAAAUAAGUAUACUAAAAUGUCUGGGAGGGGAAAAAACUUCUACAUUAGACAGUUUUAAAGGAUGCAGUGUUAGGGUUUAACUUUAUAACAUUAAAUCCAGCAUUCUCAUAAUGAUUUGAAAACCUUGGAAAUAACAUGGUUUUAUUGUAUCUCUUCAGAAUUAACCGGUUGUGUGUGUGGGUUGAAUGUAUUUUGUACUUUCUGGGAAUACUAAUUAAACGCCAGCUUUCAGAACA